AUGGGUUUUGUUAGUAUCCACACACCGAAACUGCUGGCUAGUAGUAGCGAAGGAGGUUCUGCUGUGUUUAGGUUGGACUACGAGGGACAACCUGUUUGCCUGGCUCAGUCUCCUCAGCUUCACAAGCAAAUGGCUAUAUGUGGUGACUUGCGUCGUGUCUUUGUGGUAGGUCCUGUUUUCAGAGCUGAAGACUCGUUCACUCAUAGACAUCUCUGUGAAUUUGUGGGUCUUGAUGCGGAGAUGGAGAUUUAUAAAGACUACUCUGAGAUAAUGGACCUUGUGGACGAGUUAUUUGUGUUUAUGUUCACUGAGUUGAAUGAGAAGUGCAAAAAGGAACUUGAAGCUGUUGGAAAGCAAUACCCUUUUGAACCGUUGAAGUUUCUUGAAAAAACAUUGAGGUUAACCUUUGAAGAAGGGACACAGAUGCUAAAGGAAGCUGGUGUGGAGGUUGAUCCUCUUGGCGAUCUAAACACUGAAUCUGAGAGAAAACUUGGCCAACUUGUAUUGGAAAAGUACAAGACUGAGUUUUAUAUACUGCAUCGGUUUCCGACAGCUGUUAGGCCUUUCUACACAAUGCCUUGUGCUGAUAAUCCUCUUUACAGUAACUCCUUUGAUGUCUUCAUCAGAGGUGAGGAGAUCAUGUCAGGAGGUCAACGUGUCCAUGUCCCAGAAGUUUUGGAGAAACGUGCAAGAGAAUGCGGCAUUGAUGUCAAGACAAUAUCCACAUACAUCUAUUCAUUCAAGUACGGAGCGCCUCCACACGGUGGAUUCGGAGUUUUGGGUUGGAGCGAGUGGUGA